AAAUAUUGAGCAUGUUGAUAUAAUAUGCAAAAAACUCCAAACUUGGCAGUAAUCUUGACAUAUCUCCUCAAUAUCAUACAACUUGAUAGCAAUGAUCAUUUAUCAGUCUUUGAUAGAGUUCUUGAGAUUGAGUUCAAACUUUAAUAUAUUAAGGUGAAAGAGCCAUUUGACUCAAAAGCCAAAAAGCUAAUAUAAAAAGAGAUUCCUACUUAAGCUCUGAAGAAGCAAUGAAAGGGGGAUGGGAAGCUAGUUAUUCAGUCUAGUUGUUAUUUUACUCAGUUGUGCCAACUGCAUCUAGUGGAGGGAUUAGAAAAAAGCAAAGGAGAUAACAUAGUAGUGGGAUGUUAUUCUGGGCACCAAAAGCACAUGUAACUGCAUACUGGCAACAGUGAGACAAGCUAACAAAGGGGACAGAAGAUGUACUUGACAGGAUUAUAGAGAGUUAGCAGAUGAGUAGGAGGAGAUGGCAUAUGAGACGUAGGCUGGGGAGCAGUAGGAAAGAGCCUUGAUGGUAAAGACGAGUAGUUUAAAUAUAAUACAAAAUACAAUAAUGGCCCAGCGAAGCAAGCUGAGAAGCCCAAGAUAAUGUCUACAGUACAGCAUUUCAAGCUGUCUAAGGAGUAGAUAUUUAGACAAAAAACCUGAAAGGGGGAAGUUACGAAAGCGACAAGAGAAAACAUUCAAAAUCUGGUCCAAGCGUUUUUGUUUUUGUUUUUGUUUUAAGAACGGAAAAGAUAAAGAGAGACCAGGCGCAAGUGGCUCACGUCUGUAAUCCCAGCACUUUGGGAGGCCAAGGCGGGUGGAUCUCUUGAGGCUAGGAGUUCGAGACCAGCCUAGCCAACAUGGUGAAACCCUGUCUCUACUAAAAACACAAAAAUUAGCCAGGGGUGGUGGUGCGUGCCUGUAAUCCCAGCUGCUCCGGAGGCUGAGGCAGGAGAAUCGCCGGAACCCAGGAGGCAGAAGCUGCAGAGAGCCAAGACUGUGCCACUGCACUCCAGCCUGUGCGACAGAGUGAGACUCCAUCUCAAAAAAUAAUAAUAUACUGAAAAUGGCAGCUGGUAAGAAUUUCUUGGAAAUUUGCCAGUUACCUAAGUAUUUAAGAAGACACAGUAAAAAGAAAAUUUUAAAAACAGCAAAAUAAAUAAUAAAGACAACUAUUCAAAAGAUCCUGAAAGCUUCAAACACAAAGAAUAAUGUACUACACAGUGACAGGAAUGAAACAUUUAAUAUUUUAAAACCAUUUUCCAAACUACAAGUAAAUUUCUUAGAGUUCUUUUUUAUUAAAUGCAAUUCUGGUGUAUUUAAAUAGCUAAUUCUUUUUUUUUUCUGAAAUGUUAUAUUCUAAUUAAUUUUACUAAAAAAAUCUGAAUUCAGCUGUUCACUAAACCUUAAUAAUUUUUAACAUAAACGUAGACGCAAAUGUGCAAUGAAUUUAUGUAUUCAUUGUGGACUUUUAAAUCCAUUCCUUGCUCAGUGGUUUUUGAAUACUUAUUAAAUAUCAUUGACCUUAUGCUGAGGAAAAGCUGUCAUUCUAGGAAAUUCACCACUUCUACCACUAGGUGGAGAAAAAACACAAGUAGUAUCUGUAAUCAAAGCUAGUACAAGGCCCCAGGUACUUUACCUAGAAUUUCCACCAGGUGUCAACCAAGAGGUGGGGAAAAGAUGACUGUUUUUCCCACUUAAAUAUGCAAAUUUAUAAUUUUACGCAUAGCGAUCUAAACUCUGAAAUAAAUGGCCUGCUCAUUGUCUAGUUUGCAUAUUUAUACUCUUUAUAUAUUGCCGUUGAGUCCAAGAUAUUGCCUUGUCAACUAAAAUCCAACCCCCAAAAGCUUAGUUUCUUUUGAAAUAAAGAAAACAGCAAGACCAAUAAGUUUAGUUUAUUGUGACUCACAGGCUCAACCUAUCCAAAUACACUACGCAAAAGAAUCUAAAAUGUUUAGACACGGACAACCAAAAAUCUUCCAAGGUAUUUUUGGUCACACAUAUAUAUAGAGAGAGAGCGCCAGAUUCAUAUUUUUUCUUUCUACAUUUCUCUUGUAAGGCAGUUCUGUUGACUGCCAGUAAUCUAGAUGAGUUUAUGCUGUUAUGCUCUGAAUCCCAGUGUGAUGUGACGAAAGCACUGCUAUUUUUUACCAAACAUUCACAAUAAAAAGAGAAAUGUACCUAUAUUUAAGAUGUAUCAUGAGAAUUACUACGUUAAAUGGUCCAAGGCUCUCGGCCGAAAAUUAAAGCUUCACACAGUUAAUCCCUAUUUAUAUACCAAAUCAUGCUUUUUUAAAACAAUUUUAUGCGCCUCACUAAUUUCUAACAAAGAUUUUCCGAUUCUGUUGCAAACAAUAUGUCAGCUAAACCACUAUGUCAUAUGCCUUUUAUAAGGUAGUACUUUUUUAGGCCGAACUCUAUUCUUAUUCCUCUGGACACAGGAGUUGUAAUCAUGUCUUACUCUGCAAAUCUAGCCGUAGGUGGUGUCUUAAAAGGACUUUUUCUUCCUUCGAGGAAGUGGUCAAGCUUCCCCCCAGCCCCCACCCGUGUCAUCCUGGAAACAACUUGGUUGUUUUUCAGUGCUAUCUAAUUAAGCAAUGUAGAAGAAAGAAGUUGAGGAGACAGCAAAGCCUAUUGAUUACACUGUACUUGCUUCUCUACCUCGCUCUUCAAAGGAUUAAGGUUCCUUUGACCUCGACUGAGUUCAUUUCCACCCUGCCUACAAAGUACUGGUUUAAAAAAAAAAAAAAAAUCCAAGCCAAGUAUGCUCUUGUCUAUGAACAAUAUUUCUUGUCCGGUUUUAUUACGUUUUCUUUGGAAAUUCGUUAGAUUAUGCUCAACAAUCGGUCGCUUGCUCAACCGGUUUCUCCCUUCCCCCAUCUCUCUUCACACAUCACUUUUUCCUCCUCCCAACCAGGCAGUUGGUAAAACGCUGCAGUGCCGGUAACGCACGCUUCGGGCUGGUCACUGCAGUUUAUCCUUACUUGGCUUUGCAAACUCCCCACCCAGCCCUUGUCCCCUCGCGCCCCACUCUGCCAUUAUCUUUCUAGUAGAGUACGCUCGGUAACGGGCUCCAGAUAGCACGUCGAGGGUAUACGGUAGCCUGCCUACCAAUAGGAGCCCACAAUGAAGAGAAGUCAGGUUCAGCAGGCCAGCAGCUCCAGUAUCUCCUUCCCCUAGCUGUACACCUACUGUACCCGGGAGCGAGCGGGCAAGGGAGCGAGCGCGGCGCGGCGCGGCGCGGCGCGGCGCGGGAGGGGGGCGCGCAGGGAGGGCGGACAGCAGCCGCGGCCUGCGCCUGCGCACUGGGGUUGUUUUUCACAAAGCUGCUCUUAAAGUGAGCUGGCAGCCUUUAGCCGCCCGUCUUUGUAAGGAGACCACUGAGACGAGCGGGAGCGCGGAGCAGCAGCCUAUGCUGCCCUGACUUUUUAAGAAAUCUCAAUGAACUAUUUGUAGAGAAUCACUGAUCCGGCCUGCAAGCAUUUUGCACGGCAAAAAUAUCGAUCAGUGUUAAGUGAAGAUCACAUUUUAUAUGCGAUCUUGACUUUUUUGUCUUACAUUAUAUUUUUAUAGAUUUUGUUAUAAACAUGGUGCUGGGAAAGGUGAAGAGUUUGACAAUAAGCUUUGACUGUCUUAAUGACAGUAAUGUCCCUGUGUAUUCUAGUGGGGAUACCGUCUCAGGAAGGGUAAAUUUAGAAGUUACUGGGGAAAUCAGAGUAAAAUCUCUUAAAAUUCAUGCAAGAGGACAUGCGAAAGUACGCUGGACUGAAUCUAGAAACGCCGGCUCCAAUACUGCCUAUACACAGAAUUACACUGAAGAAGUAGAAUAUUUCAACCAUAAAGACAUCUUAAUUGGGCACGAAAGAGAUGAUGAUAAUUCCGAAGAAGGCUUCCACACUAUUCAUUCAGGAAGGCAUGAAUAUGCAUUCAGCUUCGAGCUUCCACAGACACCACUUGCUACCUCAUUCGAAGGCCGACAUGGCAGUGUGCGCUAUUGGGUGAAAGCCGAAUUGCACAGGCCUUGGCUACUACCAGUAAAAUUAAAGAAGGAAUUUACAGUCUUUGAGCAUAUAGAUAUCAACACUCCUUCAUUACUGUCACCCCAAGCAGGCACAAAAGAGAAGACACUCUGUUGCUGGUUCUGUACCUCAGGCCCAAUAUCCUUAAGUGCCAAAAUUGAAAGGAAGGGCUAUACCCCAGGUGAAUCAAUUCAGAUAUUUGCUGAGAUUGAGAACUGCUCUUCCCGAAUGGUGGUGCCAAAGGCAGCCAUUUACCAAACACAGGCCUUCUAUGCCAAAGGGAAAAUGAAGGAAGUAAAACAGCUUGUGGCUAACUUGCGUGGGGAAUCCUUAUCAUCUGGAAAGACAGAGACGUGGAAUGGCAAGUUGCUGAAAAUUCCACCAGUUUCUCCCUCUAUCCUCGACUGUAGUAUAAUCCGUGUGGAAUAUUCACUAAUGGUAUACGUGGAUAUUCCUGGGGCUAUGGAUUUAUUUCUUAAUUUGCCACUUGUCAUCGGUACCAUUCCUCUACAUCCAUUUGGUAGCAGAACCUCAAGUGUAAGCAGUCAGUGUAGCAUGAAUAUGAACUGGCUCAGUUUAUCACUUCCUGAAAGACCUGAAGCACCACCCAGCUAUGCAGAAGUGGUAACAGAGGAACAAAGGCGGAACAAUCUUGCACCAGUGAGUGCUUGUGAUGACUUUGAGAGAGCGCUUCAAGGACCACUGUUUGCAUAUAUCCAGGAGUUUCGGUUCUUGCCUCCACCUCUUUAUUCAGAGAUUGACCCAAAUCCUGAUCAGUCAGCAGAUGAUAGACCAUCCUGCCCCUCUCGUUGAAGGAACACUUGGUUGAAUCAAGUUGAUGUGAGUUCCGAACUGUAUCUCUUCCGGCUGAGGACAGAGAAGUAUCUUGGAGACACGUUUCAGAGGAAGUGGAAUUGCUUUUGCCCAGAAACAUGGCGAAUACAUGAAACAACCAGUGAUCAUGCUUUAGAAGCCUACAGCAACAUUCUGGGACUGCUCCAACAUGCUUGAAGAUCUAAGCUUUUCUCUUUUAAAACUGGCACAUACUCAGAGCAGUCUUCUUAGCCUAUGGUCGUACGUGUCAAGACAUCACAUUGUAAAGAGGGAUGAUUUCCUUCUUUUGAUUUGAAAAUUUGCACAUGCUCAAUGCUUACAUUGUGCAGUUCGAUGUCACUACAGCUUCUUUUUUUUUUUUUUUUUUUUUUUUUUGCCAGACUCUUGAUACUCUUAAAACUUGUUUGUGGUCAGCACAACAAGGAACAAAACAAAGCUUUGAAAAAACUUUAACAUGAAAAAACGCACUGACAUUUUUUUUUUAUUUAAUAUAGCCUGGACUUUACCUGCGUAUGCACAUGCUCAGAAUUGUCUACUAGGCUGACCAUGUAUCACCUCUUCAGCUUGGAUCCAAUUGUGGAUUUAUUUACAAACAUCAAAUGCCUUCAAGCCAAUCCUUUUUGCUGUAUGUUUUGCAGCCUACUGUAGUAGAUACGCAACAGAUAAUGUGGAGAAAAAAGAGAUAAGAGGAGGAAGCUAAUAAGAGACUGUCAAGAUUGUAUACCUUCUUGGUUUCUUUUAAGAAUUUGUUGCCUUUCUACUAUUACAGCAAAGCAGCAUUUUGUUACUGACUGCCUAAAAUCACUUAAUCUCAGGUGAACGCAUCACUUGCCAAACUGUUGGAAUGCUAUUUGUGUUUUGUUGCACUGUUUUUUUCGUUUGUUUGUUUGUUUGUUUAUUUGGUUGGCUUUUUGGAGAGGGAAAUUUGGAAACGGGACAUACACAAAAGUUACACACCCACAUUCCCUUUUUAUCAUGACAUACAAGAAGAAACUAGCAGAGCUAAGAAUGGAGUGGAGAAAGGCAGUAUGGCAGGCACCAGCAAAGAGUUGAGGGCUGUUGCUCUUAAAAAUUAUUUUUAUUAUUAUUAUUUUAAAAGUGUGGAAGUUUUCCAUUCACUGGGGAAAGGAGGGAAAAGUGCAUUUAUUUUUAUACAGAGUUACUUAAUUACCUCCAAAACACAUAUGUUGGAAAUCGUUUUUGCUGGUGCAAAGUAUAUUAAUGAGCAGGAAUACAUAUAUUGAGGUUAUGAUUAGAGAGCUCAAUUUGUACCUUUGCUAUCUUGCUCCAGCUUGAUAUAGCAUGAAAACUCGACUUUAUUUCAAAAAUAACUUCAAAAUUUAAAAUACUAGAACAUUUGCUGCGAUAAAUCUUUUGGAUUUUUGUGUUUUUCUAAUGAGAAUACUGUUUUUCAUUACCUAAAGAAAAAUUUGCUAAACAUGAGAAAUCACUCACUUUGAUUAUGUAUAGAUUACAUAGGAAGAACAAUCACGUCAGUAAGUUAUAGUUUAUAUUAAAGGUAAUUUUCUGUUGGCUCAUAACAAAUAUACCAGCAUUCAUGAUAGCAUUUCAGCAUUUUCCAAGGUACCAAGUGUACUUAUUUUGUUGUUGUUGUUGUUGUUGUUGUAUUUUAGAAGGAAUUCAGCUCUGGUGUUUUUAAAGAAAACCAGCAUCUCUGAUGUUGCAACAUACGUGUAAAAUGGGUGUUACAUCUAUCCUGCCAUUUAACCCCACAGUUAAUAAAGUGGCUGAAAAUAAUAGUAGCUCUGGCUUGGUGCUUGACCUGGUUAAAUACUGUCUUAAAGCUCAUACAAAACAAAUAGGCUUUUCCAUAAGUGGCCUUUAAGAAAACAUGGAAGACAAUUCAUGUUUGACAAAUGCUGACAGGGUGAAGAAAGCCCAGUGUAAAAAUGAAUCGCGUUUUAAGUGAUUCGGUUAAAGGGUUUGGGCUCCCGUAGCAAACUAAUACUAGAUAAUAAGGAAAUGGGGGUGAAAUAUUUUUUUAUUGUUGAAUCAUUUUGUGAAUGUCCCCCUCAAAAAAAGCUAAUGGGAUAUUUGGCAUAAAGGGCAUUUGGUGGUUUUAUUUUUGUUUGGGGGGGGAUUGUCAGAAAAUCCCUUUCCUCUCUUAUGUCUAACUGACUAGGGAACAAUUGUUGAUAUGCAUAGCAUUGGAAUACUUGUCAUUAUAUACUCUUACAAAUAACACAUGAAGCAAGAAUGACCAAUAUUCUGAUAAUUGGCACUGGAUCACAAAAAGUGAUGAAACUUUAAAUGUAUAAAACUUUAUCAAAUAAAGUUUUAUUUUCCCCUUUAAAAUGUAUUUCUUUAGAGGCAUUACUUUUUUAAAAAUAUUGGUCAAUUCCUGACAUAAGAUGUGAGGCUCACAGUUGUAUUCCAGUAUUCAAGAUAGAUUCCUGAUUUUUCAAUUAGGAAAAGUAAAAUCCAAAAUGUUAGCAAAACAAAGUGCAAUAUUAAAUGUUUGCUUUAUAGAUUAUAUUCUAUGGCUGUUUGUAAUUUCUCUUUUUUUCCUUUUUUAUUUGGUGCUGAAUAUGUCCUUGUAGGCUCUGUUUUAAGAAAACAAUAUGUGGGAAAUGAUUUAAUUUUUCCUAUUGCUCUUCCUUGUGGAAAAUAAAGUGUUUUGUUUUUUUCUGUUUUGUAUAA